ACAUUGCUUGAUUUUACGGUUUCCUUCGUCCGGAGCUAUUGCCAGCCACGCUGCCAGUGCAGCGCCCGUGGAAGAUGGCCAUUUCAGGCUCGGCGAAGCCUUUCUUCGAUGCCCUGGCCACACUGGAAGUCCAAUACGAAUCUCUGCUGGCCGAGAACCGCCAGUUGCGCACAGCUUUGUGUGAGUCGGAGAACAUUGGGAGGGUAGCUCCCCGAGAUACAGAUGGUGCAGCAGAAGAUGCUGCGCUGCACGCAUUGCAGGUUGACGAAGAUCUGGUUCCUGGCAAUGCCGACUCGUUGCGCCCGAGGCUGCUGUACACAGAGGGCUGCCACGGGGCAGCUGCAGCGGUUGCCGGGGCGAGGAACGCAAGGCGGUCGAACUCACCUCAGACGUUGGUGAGGACAUCAGUAUCUUCAUCGACACCCCGCCGAAAAUCUGCGGCGGGGCCGGGGCCAGCCGACCGCCUGCGGCAUUCCUUCUUCGAGAAUCAGGAAAUGGUCAGAGCCAGCAUUCGGCACAUCUUGGAUCGAAAAGUGGGGGAAUCCCGGUAUAAAGACCACGGCACGUGCGCUGCGAUUGCGAAGCAUCCGUUUUUCCAAACCAUGGAGGCGGCCGUCCUUUGCGUGUACAUGGUGUGGAUGGGCAUUGAUGCAGACAACAACACAGCCUUGCUCCUCACAGAGGCGCCAACCAUUUUCUUUGUGGCUGACCAGUUGUUUUGCCUCUACUUCUUCAUAGAGCUGAUGAUCCGUGCUAUUGCCCAUCAGGGCUGUUGCAGCCGCAUCCGGGAUGGCUGGUUUGUUAUGGACUCGAUCCUGGUGUCUUUGACGAUCUUCGAUACUUGGGUGAUGACUGCCAUCGCUUUGGCCACACCCCCUGAACAGACCACUGCAACCAUUGUGCGCAAUUCUGAGCUCCUUCGGCUGGCCAGGAUCGUCCGUCUCACGCGAAUCUGCCGGAUGGCAAAGCUUGUGAGGCUUUUCCCCGAGCUGCAGAUCCUCAUCAAAGCCAUGCUGGCUGCCUUCCGCUCCGUCUUUUUCACGCUGGUGCUUCUUGCCCUUUCGCACUACGUGGUUGCCAUCGCCUACUGCGUCACAUUGAGCGAGACACAAGUUGGAGUUGCUUCUUUCUCUUCGGUUACAGCAGCCAUGCAGACAAUAUUCAUUCACUGCACCCUGCUGGAUGAAGUGAUGAGCCUCGUUAUUGUUUUGGAUGACGAGCAGCUGUACGUGCACCUCGCAUUGCUGUACGGGGUGAUGUUUUUGAAUGCUAUCACAUUGACAAAUAUCCUCAUUGGCAUCGUCGUGGAGGUCAUCAGCUCGGUUGCUAUGGCAGAGAGGGAGUGCAUCAACGUGAGCAACGUCCAGGACGUCUUGCAGAGCUUUCUUCUCUUUGAUGAGAAGGGGGAGAUGCCCAAGUCUGAGUUGCUCACGUCGCUGGCGAGCCCAUCGGCCUGCGCGUUGGAACAGCUUGGAAUAGAUCGCCCCGUACUCAUCGAGUCCCUCAACCAGGACAUGGACAACUCGCCGGUGCACUUCGAAAACUUCCUGGAGCUGGUGCUGCAGUCCAGAGGCAGCAACGCAGCCACUGUGAAGGACGUGAUGGAACUUCGGAAGCGCAUAGCUCGCACCCAGGAGGCAGUGCUGGACAAGAUCGAGCAGGUGUGCAAAGGGGGGGCACAAUCUCCUCUCGUAUCUGUAUCUGGACGAGGCUCGCAAGCAUCCAUCUGCGCAGGGGAGGCGAGCGCAGAGCAAAUCUACCUGUCUGAGGAAUGGACAAGCGGCGACUCGACGAGCGUCAGGCUGUGAACCAGGAGCCACGUGAGGGUUGUUCUUGCGGAGAACGUCCCAAGCGCGCAAACGGCAGCCCCAAUGUGGGUGUGUGCCCGCUGUGCCCUUGGGAUGGGACACUUUAUCCACUGUUCGUGGUGGCUCCCAGCCGUCCGGUUCCUUAGC